AUGGCAGAAAAUCGUGCUGGGAAAGCUGGGAUUAACGCAGAGGCUCAGGACCGUAUCAACAGUAAGUACAAUGACGAUAUCGCUCACGAAACACUUGAAUGGAUUAAGAAAUUGACCGGUGCCCCGGCCGACACCUCUGGCAGCGCGGAUAAUCUCUACGAGGUACUUAAAGAUGGAACACUUCUGUGUAAACUGGUCAACGCCAUACAAGAAGGGUCUGUGAAGAAGGUCAACCAGUCUACAAUGGCCUUUAAGUGUAUGGAGAACAUUAACGCAUUCCUCGAGGCAGCUAAGAAACUGGGUGUGCCACCGCAGGAAACAUUCCAAACUAUUGAUCUGUGGGAGAGGCAGAAUUUAUAUUCCGUUGUGAUAUGCUUACAAUCAUUGGGCAGAAAAGCCGGUAAUUAUGGCAAACCAUCAAUUGGACCUAAGGAAGCUGAGAAAAACGUUCGGGAAUUCAGCGAAGAGCAAUUAAAAGCUGGACAAAAUGUCAUUUCCCUGCAGUAUGGUACCAAUAAAGGCCAGCAAACUGGUAUUUCGUUUGGCAACAGGCGUCAGAUGUGA